CGGCGUCGCUGGUGUGGGUGGGUGAAGAAGGAGCGGGCCCUCGCCGCUCUGUCUCACUCUCUCGCGCGCUCUCUCGGGCAACAUGGCGGGCGUGGAGGAGGCAGCGUCCUCCGGGAGCCACCUGAAUGGCGACUUGGAUCCAGACGACAGAGAAGAAGGAGCUGCCUCUACAGCUGAGGAAGCAGCCAAGAAAAAAAGACGGAAGAAGAAGAAGAGUAAAGGGGCUGCCACAGCAGGGCAACAGGAACCUGAUAAAGAAUCAGGAGCCUCAGUUGAUGAGGUAGCAAGACAAUUGGAAAGACAAGCAUUGGAAGAGAAAGAAAGAGAUGAUGACGAUGAAGAUGGAGAUGGGGAUGGAGAUGGAGCAGCUGGAAAGAAGAAGAAAAAGAAGAAGAAGAAGAGAGGACCAAAAGUUCAAACAGACCCUCCCUCAGUUCCAAUAUGUGACCUGUAUCCUAACGGUGUAUUUCCCAAAGGACAAGAAUGCGAGUACCCACCCACACAAGAUGGGCGAACAGCUGCUUGGAGAACUACGAGUGAAGAAAAGAAAGCAUUAGAUCAAGCUAGUGAAGAGAUAUGGAAUGAUUUUCGAGAAGCUGCAGAAGCACAUCGACAAGUUAGAAAAUAUGUUAUGAGCUGGAUCAAGCCGGGGAUGACAAUGAUAGAAAUCUGUGAAAAGCUGGAAGACUGUUCACGAAAGCUAAUUAAAGAGAAUGGAUUAAAUGCAGGCCUGGCAUUUCCUACCGGAUGCUCUCUGAAUAACUGUGCUGCCCAUUAUACUCCAAAUGCUGGUGACACAACAGUAUUACAGUAUGAUGACAUCUGUAAGAUAGACUUUGGAACACAUAUAAGUGGUAGGAUUAUUGACUGUGCUUUUACUGUUACUUUUAAUCCCAAAUAUGAUACAUUAUUAAAAGCUGUAAAAGAUGCCACUAACACUGGAAUAAAGUGUGCUGGAAUUGAUGUCCGUCUGUGUGAUGUUGGUGAGGCCAUCCAAGAAGUUAUGGAAUCCUAUGAGGUUGAAAUAGAUGGGAAGACAUAUCAAGUGAAACCAAUCCGUAACCUAAACGGACAUUCAAUUGGGCCAUAUAGAAUACACGCUGGGAAAACAGUGCCCAUUGUGAAAGGAGGAGAGGCAACAAGAAUGGAGGAAGGAGAAGUGUAUGCCAUUGAAACCUUUGGAAGCACAGGAAAAGGUGUUGUUCAUGAUGAUAUGGAAUGUUCACACUACAUGAAAAACUUCGAUGUUGGACAUGUGCCAAUCAGGCUUCCAAGAACAAAACACUUGUUGAAUGUCAUCAAUGAAAACUUUGGCACCCUUGCCUUCUGCCGCAGAUGGCUGGAUCGCUUGGGAGAAAGUAAAUACUUGAUGGCUUUGAAGAAUCUGUGUGACUUGGGCAUUGUAGAUCCGUAUCCACCAUUAUGUGACAUUAAAGGAUCAUACACAGCACAGUUUGAACAUACCAUACUGUUGCGUCCAACGUGUAAAGAAGUUGUCAGCAGAGGAGAUGACUAUUAAACUUAGUCCAAAGCCGCCUCAACAUCUUUUAUUUUCUAAGCUUUGUUGGAAUACGUUAUACCAGAAGUAAUUUGCAACAUGUCUGUUUAACAGUGGACCUAUGUAAUGCUUUUAUCCAUGUUUAAAAAGGAAGGAAUUUGAUCGAAGGCAAACCAUCCAAUGUAAUUAGCCAAGGAAAAAGCUUUCAAGACUUUCAAAUGUUAACUGUUUUUUCCCAUCUAGGAAAUGCUAUAAAGCUCAAAUUAGUUAGGAAUGACUUAUACAUUUUUUGUUUGAACACCUAAGAGAUGCUUUUCAGAUAUUUAUAUUGCCAUAUUCUUAAUUGAAUGCUUUGAAUGACUACAUCCAAUUCUGCACCUAUACCCUCUGGUAUUGCUUUUUAACCUUCCUGGAAUCCAUUUUCUAAAAAAUAAAGACAUUUUCAGAUCUGAGAGCU